AUGGCGGCGUGUAUUUUUUGCCGUAUUAUCAAGGGUGAAAUCCCCUGCAUGAAGCUCUUUGAGACUGAGAAGACGUUGGCAUUCCUUGAUAUCGGCCCUCUCAGCAAAGGACACGCACUUGUCAUUCCUAAAUUCCACGGCGCAAAAUUGGCGGAUAUUCCCGACGACCAGCUUACGGAAAUUCUGCCGACCCUCAAGAAGCUGGUGUCCGCGACCGGCGCUGCCGAUUAUAACAUCUUGCAGAACAACGGCACUAUUGCUCAUCAGCAAGUCCAUUUCCACAUGGUACAAAAAACCGGCUAUAACGAGCGCCCCAAAACGUACACUAACUUUGAGCAGAUUCCAAAGCCGAAUGAGACAGAAGGCCUUGGCAUCAACUGGCCGGCCACUACCGGUGACAUGGACAAGCUGAAGUCUCUCUGCGAAGAGAUUAAGUCCAAGAUGUGA